GGUUUCUUGUGCAUUUCAAAACACCAAAACAUUCCUAUAACGAGCCGGUUCUCAAUACUUUCUCACCCCAUCCAGACGCCAAUUUCGAAGGACAAAUAUAUUCAGGCAUUCCAUAAUGCAACUCGCGUUCGUAUUCGGCCUCUUUGCCAUUGCCCCGGCAGUUUUGGGUGCUCCCAUCUUAACUAAAGACAUGGCCGCACCUGUUCUUCUUACAGGCAGAGAUGCUGCCCCAAUCGAAAAAGUUUCGAGUAUGAUUCUGGCCUACAACGACGACUUGUCUGUGCCGGAAUCGGCAGAUGUGACCCCCAGGGCGGCUGUUGCAAGCGACAAGGUUUUGAGCAUGAUUCUUGCCUAUAAUGAUGACUUGUCCGAGGCGGAUAAAUGAUCUUUUGACGAUCCAGAGAGUGAGAUGAGCGGAGGCGGGGCGAAAUUUGCGAUUGAUUGGUCGUUUGUGGUCAGAUUUGAGUUAGUUGGAUGCUUCGGCAAAAUCAUUGUGAUCUUAUUUGUAAUUCAAUCUAGAACUUUACGGUACAUAUCACACCAUGUAUGGAAGAGAACUACAGGCAUCUUCAACCACACACACAAAACUCCAACUGUUGCAUUUGACAUAUCUUUUCUCCGCACCAAUUGCAUUCUUAUA